UAAGUGUGUUGACGGACUGCUGUUAUUGCGACUUGUACAGUAGCAGGCGAGUUAACUUCGACGUUUCUCUGACCACAUUAAGCUAGAGCUUGCCGAAGACCAUGAACAGUUUAAUUAGAUCUACGUCAAGAUGUCUGCGGUCGGGAGCAGCGGUCUAUCUACCGAGACAAGCCGGCGGACUCGUGAGGUCUACCACGGCCCGGUUCCUGUGCGCGGCGGCGGACCUCCAGAAAGACCUUGGUGAGAUGGUGAAGAAGGACAAGGUGGUGGUGUUUAUGAAGGGGACGCCGGCACAGCCCAUGUGCGGCUUCAGCAACGCCGUGGUUCAGAUCCUGCGGAUGCACGGGGUGGACGACUACGCUGCGUACAACGUGCUGGAGGACCAGGAGCUCAGACAAGGAGUCAAGGACUUCUCCAACUGGCCCACAAUCCCCCAGGUGUACCUCAACGGCGAGUUUGUGGGAGGCUGUGACAUCCUGCUCCAGAUGCACCAGAACGGAGAUCUGGUGGAGGAGUUGAAGAAGCUGGGCAUCAGCUCUGCACUGCUGGACGCUGAGAAAGAAUCCAAGUAGAGGAAGAGGACGGACUUCAAGCAGCUGACAAGACAAAGGACACAUUUAUCAGAUUGAAUCCCCCACUCAGAUGAUCGCAGAUAAAUCAACUCCUAGGUAGCCAUGGGCAAAAUUGACCAACAAGGCACAGCAAGAAAACAGAUGAAAGACAAGUGUAAGCAGUUUUGUUGGCAGCACUGUAACCUCGGUUAUGAGCAUUUAUGUUCCAUACCUAUAAACAGCUUGGAGUACGAUACAGAGCUCCUGCUGUGCUGCUUAUACUCAGGUCCUCUAAGUUUGUUCAGAUUAUGUAUCUGACAGAUUAGUUAAUGUAGGAAGAAAAAAGUGGACUGUGUCCUUAACAAAGAUCCAAAAAACGAUUUUCCUGACCCUCUCCCACAUUUCUCAUCUUCUCUUUAAAGCCGCAGUUACAAUUUUUGGCCAUUGAGGGGCAGCAGAAACAAGUUGCAAACACAACACUGACAUUUAUUCCUUUAAAGUCGAUGCGGUGACCUCUGUAGCAACAUCAGCAUUCAUUUGGAGUUUUUGGCCACCUGAUGAAUGUAGUACAGUAUUUACUCUCUUUUGGUCUCCAUCAGCUCCUUGUCUCUUCAGCUACGAGCUACUAUAUUCACCAGCUAGCUGCUAACUUUCUCUGACUGCCAUUUGGUGCUGUGCCGGUAGCAUGCACUGUGUGUAUCAGAGCUUUUUGUGCUGCCUCCUGUAGACAAAAACGAGUAAACCAAAACGAGGUGAAAGAUGCAACAAAGCUGCAUAUGGCUGCAGAGUCCAGUGUUGUUAAAGGUGACCUCUUUCAUAUUACACACAGUCAUCUGAUUAUAUUAGCUUUAAUGUCUACCAAUCACUUAACACAUGGAGGAAAAACUUUAAUCUUUGCCCUCUAGUUCUUACCUUUUCAGUACUUUUCUAGCACGUCUCGAUUCACCAAUUCGAGGUUGGACUUCUACUGCCAGAGGGAGACGGUCAGGUUCCCUCCCCGUGUUUUAAUUUACACAAGAAUGCCGGCGGCCUCUAUCAUCAGCCCACUAAAAGCCCUGCCACCUCUACUGUCCACCUGUUAUCCCAAACCACAGGCUGUUCAAGACCAAACGAGCCUCAAGGUGCACCAAGACUAAAUCAGGAUCUUUAUAAUGCUGCUUGGGUCACACCAGGAAGAGAGACGAUAGAAACCUGAACUGCCUGUAGCUAAAGCUUACCAGAAGGAAGAACAAAGAGGGGACACACAGCAGUGAUUAAUAAAGCUCACGUGGGUUCAUAAUAAUGUAAAGAUGUUUUAGUUUAAUAUCUGGCCAAUAACAUCUCUUUUUUGAAUAUGUUUGUGUAGCGGAGGUGUCUACAGACACACACACCUCUCUGACCUCGUUACACACAUGCACUGUCAGUGACUUUGGCUGAACCGACACCUUUGUCCCCCUUUUGUUCUUCCUGCCAGGAACCACAUUUCACAUGUGGCGUCCUCUCAGUUUUAAUGCCUACACCCGCUGAAACGCAACAAAAACAUAACUUGAUGAAGACGACUGAUUUACAGCACAUUUGGAUGAACCCGAGCAGUUAUAUUUAAGUUUGUUGUGUCUGUCAAAGUCUGUCUGUCUUUUGUUAAUUUGUCACUGAUGGAAGUGUAUUAUAUUUUUGAGGGAUGGGGGUGUUCUUCUGCUGCACACAGUUGUAUUAUCGAAGCGAUGGUCACGUAGUACACUGUAAGAUAUUGUAUAUUGAAAGCAUAUUAUUAAGUAUAUUUUAGCUGCAUGUAAACCCUGCACCCAUUAAAUAUUUUGUGACACAAAUAACAAGCGACCUGGAGAGUCU